CUUGAUAUCAGUGAUGUAUCGCCGACCCUGAAUCUGUAACACUCUGUCUCAGAUGUUAUCUCCUGUUUCCAAGAUGGCGUCGUGUUGUGAAACUGUCCUCCUGUUCAUUGCACUUGUUUCUAUCGGAUCCGUGUGUACAAAGACACCAGAGCAAUGGGUGUUCGAAGAGAACUGUGGUGGUAUCAUGAGUUUUUCCGAGAGUGUGAUAUUGUUCGCCUCCGACCUGCAUUUUGUGGAGCAAUGUAACCUCGUCAUUCAGAGCAGCUUGGAAAACGAAAGGCUCCUCAUCGACAUCACCGUGUUAGACCUCGUGGACAGCUGCGCCAACACCAGCCUGGACAUCCUAGAUGGAAAUGGAAACAGCAUUGCAGGUCCUCUAUGUAAGGAGGAUAAGGCCCAAGUCUUCAAAGCACCGGGCAACAUUGCUCAAUUUGAUUACAAAAGUAACUCUCCAAACACUGAGGGGAAAUCAUUGUCAAUCAUCAUGACUGCGUUCAACAUGGGGAUUGAAGGGUCGUGUUCCGAGCUUGACUUCCAGUGUGACAACAAACUUUGCAUCCCGAAGGAUUUGGUCUGCAAUAACUACAACGAGUGUUCUGAUAAUUCCGAUGAAACAGCUGUUUGUAAUUCAACUCUAACCUCGACAACUCCGCUCUCGACAUCUUCUACUUCCUCGACACCUACUUCUUCCUCGACGCCUACUUCUUCCUCGACAGCAACUUCUGCCUCGACACCUACUUCUUCGUCAACUCUGUCAUCGCCAAAACCGACAUCGGCAUCUGCUUCUUCUUCGACAGCAGCUUCUUCCUCGGCAGCAACUUCUGCCUCGACAUCGACUCCUUCGUCUACCCUGUCCCCGCCGAGACCGACAUCGGCAUCUCCGCCUGCGACUUCCCCACUAACACAGAUAUGUAUUGUGGGCCUAACUACGGCAUCGAUUGUUGUCAAGAUGAAUUUUUACUGACUGUCCGGCUUGACAUUACCGUUGCAAGGAUAAUAAUGAAAUUGAUCACUGUUGCCUUGCCUUAAGAGUACAAAUGUUAUCAGAGUUGUGAUGUAUUUUGGCCUCAUUAACACAGAGAUCAUGACUGUUCACUAUUCGCCCCUGAUCACUACGAAGUUGCACUCACAGUGACAUCUUGUUAAACAGGAAGCCUCCCAUUCUGAACGAUUCCUUUUGGGAACUCGACAUAGCCAAAAGGAAAAUACUCCUUCUGAAUCGUUAAUCCGACUAAGAAACCGGCCAUUUGAUAUUGGGGGUGCUGGGUGGGGGAAUUUGUAUAGAGGAUCCGUGAAGAUCCGGAGUAGAAUAGGUCUUCAGCAACCCAUGCUUGCCGUAAAAGGCGACUAUGCUUGUCGUCAAAGGAGACUAACGGGAUCGGUAGGUCAGGCUGCUGGCUUGGUUGAUACA